AUGGAAAGGCAUCAAAUGGGAAAUUUACCUGUGCAACGUAUAACUCCCACUCGUCCAUUUUACGUAUGUGGUGCCGAUUACGCAGGUCCUUUUCUAUUGCGUGAUAGAAGAGGACGAAAAUAUAACGAAAUUAAAGCCUAUAUUUCAUUGUUUGUCUGCUUUUCUACGAAAGCAAUCCAUCUUGAAGUUGUUUCAGAUCUCACGUCUGAAUGUUUUUUGGCUUCUUUAAGACGUUUUGCUUCGCGACGCGGCAAACCCUAUGAAAUUCAUUCAGAUAAUGGCAGCACUUAUGUUGGUGCAAAAAAUGAACUUUACCGAUUUUUUGACGAAAAUAAUACUCGAAUUCAUGACAGCCUUUUGAAUGACGGAAUUCAAUGGCGGUUUAUCACUCCACGAGCUCCACAUCAAGGCGGACUGUGGGAAGCUGGGGCAUGCCUCAACUCCAGGCCACUAUGUUCCCUGUCUCAAGAUCCUUGCGAUGCAACAGCUCUUACACCCGCACAUUUUAUAAUCGGAGACACACUUACUGCAAUACCUGAUCAUGACUUCUCUGAUUGUAACGAAAACAGACUUUUACGUUAUCAAAGGCUUCAGCGGAUGCUACAGCACUUUUGGACUAGAUGGGCAAAGGAAUACGUCUCCACCCUUCAAGAACGUGUAAAAUGGAAGGAAAAUUGUCAGCAAAUGAUUAAGGUUGGCGCACUUGUCAUCUGCAAAGAAGAUGGUCUACCACCACUUAAAUGGAGGCUAGGACGAAUAAUUGAAGUUCACCCUGGGAGCGAUGGUAUUGUCCGAUCGGUUACGUUCAAGACUUCAUUAGGUGUCCUUAAGAGACCAGUAGUGAAACUGUGCGUGUUGCCGAUAGACUAA